CGGCGAAUCCAUGAGGACUCUUCACGAAUAUUUCUUCUUGUUUGCGUCUUCGUUGGCCAAAGUGGGCCGCCAAGCACCACUUCCCAUGGAUCACUUUCAUGUGAACCCCCUUUCUGUCUCCAUCUAGACAUACUUAGCUAUAUCUAAUUCAAUCAAACUAUUCUUUUGGCAUCACAGUUGGAUAUCGAUAAACGAUCAAGAAUUAGAUGAUACCAGAGGAGGAUUCACGUUUGGAUCAUACAUAAUAAUAACCACUAUGGUGGCAACUGUGGAACCAUCAAAGCUCCCUUGUGAUCAUGGGAGCCAAUCUUUAUCCACAAGCAAAGAGAAGAGGACUUGCUUCGUUCGUGUAAUCUGCAGUCAAAACGAAGGUCUCCCUUCCUGGGAGCAGAUUGUGUUCCACGAGUCGAGAGUCUCAAUUAAAGGAGGAGGAGGAGGAGGAGUUCUGCUAUCAGUCCUUUGUUGACAUGGGGUUUCCGGUGGGCUGCUCCGAGCUGAUCGUGCCAUUAACGCUCCUCCGCAUAGCUUUGCUCCUGGGCCACCUGCGACGCCUCCUCUUCCUGGUCUUCGACGUCCUCCCCUGGCCCGACAACUCCAGCAGCAUUAGCCACGGCAGCAGAUGGAACCAGCCGUUACAGUCGGCGUCGGCGACGCUGACCAUCGGAGGGGCGCUUCCGGUGGUGAAGUACGAGGAACUGCCGGAGGCCGACGACGGCUGCGCGGUGUGCUUGUGCGAGCUGGAGCACGGGGACGAGGUGCGGCGGCUAAGCAACUGCCGCCACGUGUUCCAUCGUGGCUGCCUGGACCGGUGGGUGGAGCACGACCAGAGCACCUGCCCGCUCUGCCGGGCUCCUCUCGUCCCGGUGGAGAUGCGCUGGGCCUCCGCCACGGAUUCUUACUACGACGACGACGACUGCUUGUCGAUCGACCAGAGCAUCUUUAGGUAAUGGCGUCAUACAAUAGCGUGAUCUCUGCACUUUGGCUCUGCUGAUCUCUACACAGGGAGUUCACGUCACUGAUCUAAAGAAAGCUAUUGGUUUGAGCAAGAUGAAGAUUCAAGAGACCUCAUCAAAAGUAGCUAAAUCUUUCUUCUUCAAGUCCUUCCUCUCUUACACUCAUCAGUACUCAAACAUCUCAGCUCUUGGACUCCGCCAUGCUUCUGCUUCCAUGAAGCUCCAAAGACCAUAAUACCUCUGCGUCAGAUGAGGUUAUGUCGAGCAGUGUCACCUUUCAAUCACUCUCUAUGUAGACAACUUCUUUACCACAGUAUCAUCCACAAAUUUGGACCAACUCCAUAUCUCUAUGCAAUUCAAUCUGUCAACAAAGCCACCAAUGCAACAUUACACUGAUUUCCUUGAACACAUCUUAUUCUUCUCUGACAUCUAAUCCAAUACAAAGGCAAUUGGUGGCAGAACAUGACUGUUCUACAGGAACUAAUUUUGUCUGGCCAAAUAAACUAUUUGUAAGAGAUGCUUAUGUAAGAUUUAAAGAAUAUUUUGUUACAAAAAAUAUUCAUGUAAGAAAUGAAGAUGGAAAGAGAACCAAGGAGUAAUAGUUAAACUACAUGUAUUAGAUUUGAUCCAUAAUUUAAUAGAUUAAGUAUUUGGGUAGAAUUGAUUUUGUUUU